AUGGCUAUCACUACAGUAGACUAUGCUCUCCCCUACCACACCCACAAUAAGUACGAUGUUUCCUUCCACUCCGAAAUCAUUCACACAAUGGUCACUGAUGCUCCUUCCAUGGUAACCGAAUGGCUAUCAAACCUCUCCUGCAAUCGCCAUAACGGCAGGUUCCUCGUCGGUCUCGAUGUUGAGUGGCUCCCAAACCGACAACGCUUUGUUGAUAACCCCAUAGCUGUCCUCCAACUUUGUGUAGACAGAGAAUGCCUUGUUUUUCAAAUCCUCCACGCUUCGUUCGUCCCACAAUCACUUGUUUCGUUUCUUGAGAACAAAGAUAACACAUUUGUUGGUGUUGGUAUCCAAGAUGACGUUGUCAAACUUCUUAGAGACCACUCUUUGGUUGUUACAAAUUUUGUUGAACUUCGCACCCUUGCAGCUCAGAGAUUCAGUGGACCAGAGGUGAGAAGUUUUGGACUUAAAACAUUGGCUUUACGUGUUCUUGAUAAAGAUAUUGAAAAACCAAAGAAGAUUACUAUGAGUAAGUGGGAUAAUCUGAGGCUUACUGCUCAGCAGGUUCAGUAUGCAUGCAUUGAUGCUUUUGCAUCAUUUGAGAUUGGAAGGAUUCUGUAUUCUUCCAGGGUUUGA